AUGCAUACACAGCUCACGUGAAUACCGCCAAAAAAGGCUUUUCUUCAUUUCCACUGGAUACAAGGGCUCUAAUUAACAUAAUGCAGACACCUAAUGCACAUCACAUACACUUCAGAGUGGGUCUGUGACAGCUGCUUCACUUAAUUUAAUGGCUGCCAAACAAAAGGAUUUAAGUUUUCAUAGUUUAGAGCAGUAUCUUUUGUAACAAUUGCGUUUUAGGAAAAGUCUUCUAUUCGAAAAGCUCAGAGGCUUUUUGAAUAGUCCCAUUCGCGGAACAUUGGUUUCAAACAAUGUUUUCUUUAUUAUUCAAAACCUGUGUAAUAAAUUAGGCUAGAGAAAGAAAGGAAAUUAUUGCACAAAAAAAGAUAACACAGAGGAAUUUAGUUAAGGAUUCAUAGAGCUAAAGAGACAAAUUCAACUAAAACUAAAAACAAGAUUCAACAUUUCAAUCAAUAAUUACAUUUUAAUUGGAACUUUUAAUUAAAGUCAAAUUGGCAAGUGAACAGAUUGCAGAAAAUGUUGUGUGUUUUACUCUGUGGGGCCUGUAUAAGGCUUUCUAUGCUUUUAGGUUUCAUUUGAUUUAAUACGUUAAUGGUAAAUAAGUUAUUAAUGCCGGGAAUCAACAUGCAAUUAAAAAUGCCAAAAAUGGAUUUGACUCGUCGUUGCCUUCAUUCAUACCGGCCAAAAUAACUUUAUCUAUCCUCCAACUGUAUUUGAUGAAUACAGAAAAUGGCUGUUCAAGAGAAUCCUAAACAUUUAGUCUUGAACAAAAUCCGGUAAUGUGAAAAAUCUGCCUUCUAGUAACUUCCUCGGCUACAUGGCUUUCCAGAAAUCCUGAAGAUAAUUCACACAACGGGUCGUUAACACUUUCUCCACCAUGAAAGUUUUGGGCCUAACUUCCCUUCAAACGAUUAAUCAGUCACGGGCAAAAUUGUUUGCCGAUUCAUUUCCUGCCAACGACUAAAUGUUUUCAUUACUUCCCCAAUAGCCCACAGUGAUCAAGCAAUGCAGGGACGGCGUGCCCCGGGGCAUCGGACACUGAAGUCAAUUACAACUUAAGUGUCUUCUUGGCUCACGUGGGCUCCACACAACUUCAGGGUGAUGGUCACAGCUGCAGUCAGCAGGCUCAGAUGAAUCCUUUCCUACCUGGUCCGUGACAACUUUACAGAGGCAAUGAGGUCUGUCAGUCAGGCUUGAAGUGAUUCCUCUGCCUCCUCGUCCGUGCCUCCAUGCUGAAGUCAGAGCAGCGGAGUCUCAGACUGUUCAAAAGAGCUUCAGAUGGUGCAUGCAUGGACACACACGCACAUGGACACUUAGCCGAUAGCGUAUCACCCUCAUCCGGGGAUGAGUGGGCUCAGGCGAGAGGCCCAUUGAGAGGAACAGAGGAAACCAUGAAAGGAUUUAAAGAAGCAAUAGAUCUCCCUGAGACGGCAAGGCCUUUCUUAUCUGUUUCUAUCAUGGGCAGAGAGAAAGAAAGGAGAAGGGGAGGAUGAGGAAGACAGGCUGACAGAGAAGGACACAGGAGGAGAAGGAGCAGAUAGGGAGGACUGAGGGAGGCAGGCAGAGAUAAAUGAACAGAGUAACAGAGGCAUGUCGUGUGCAAAGGCAAUGAAAGGGUGAGACCGGCUUCCAGCUUUAUCAACGAAUCAGACGUUAUUCUGUCAUACCUCCCUUCUGUUUCUGGCUUACUUCCAUGCCCUAAUCGCUGGUAUAUGCCCAAUGAUAUCUGCUGCCCUCCCUAUUCUUUUGUCCAUAGCUCCCUCUGCGUGCGUAGGACGGGGGUUUCAUUUCACGCGUGGAACUGUGCACAGGGUGAAGUAAUUAAGGCCUUACAGCUGUCUGUGAGGGAUGCUGCUCGUGACGCUUUUCUAUUAGAGAGCCGACGUCAGCCGACAGCCCACAUUUCAAUUACAGGGCCGUUUCACUCACUCAGGCGCACAUUCGCUGUGGUGUACAUGGUUAUCAGCAAAAAAUUAAGAAAAUGCAUCACUUAUGGAAAGUAGGAUUAUUCUACAAAUUUAACAAUAGUGCCAUUUGUGGACUGUUCAAUUAAUUCAUUAAGCUAAAAUAUGUAAAUAUGGACUGCUUGUUAUUUUAACAUUAGGCAGUAGAAGGCCAAAGCGUAUCGUUCUUGGUAGAGUACAAAAUGAAUAACUUGUCUGGCUGAUCCCAUGCUUUUAUUUUUUCUAUUUAACUCUUGCUCCCACUGCUCUAUUACUUACUAUGUCCUGUUUGCAGGGCCUCAAGAGAGGAAUCCUCACACUGGGCCAGAGGUCAGGAACGUGCAGGGAAAACUUGCACUGCGCAAUGUCAGCUACUCCUUAGCCUCCCUCUAAGAGUCUUUCAAACUCCAGUAAAAGACACACAGGCACAACAUGCUUUUACAAUACAGUUCCCCUCCCUAUUCCGUUCUCAGUCAGAUUUAUUUUACAAGCCAGAGAGACAAGUAAAACAAAAGAUCAUUGUUAAUGAUCAUAUAACAGAUUAGGUGCAAGGAUCAAAUCGUGACUGAGUCUUUGGCAUUGUGCAGGGAGAUUUGUAGCGGCGGGACGUCUGCCCCGAGCAGCUGCAAGAUAAAUCCCCCAGUCCAGACAUUGGACUCCACGGAUGGUGGCGGAUCAUUCUGCUGAGACUAGACGCUGAUGAAAAAUUCAUUUUGAGAAGAACAGCAGCUUUUGAAAAGGGACUGCGGCUAAUUAUUCAGCCCAUGUUUUCAGUCACACCCGGCCUCGCAAGCAGCGUCAAUGCUGCUGCGUUUAACCCUUACCUGGGCCCUAUGUCGCCCGGCCUGAUGCACGCUGACAUCUUGCCCAGUGGCCCCGUCAUGGUCGCCAGCAACCCCGGUGUCUCCGUACCCACUGCAGCUGCUGCUGCUGCACAGAAACUCAUGAGGACGGACAGACUGGAGGUUUGUCGGGAGUACCAGCGGGGUAACUGCACACGCGGGGAAGGCGACUGCCGCUUUGCCCACCCUUCAGAUAGCACUAUGAUUGACACCAACGACAACACGGUCACUGUGUGCAUGGACUACAUCAAGGGCCGCUGCACGAGGGAGAAGUGCAAGUACUUUCACCCUCCGGCUCACCUGCAGGCCAAGAUCAAGGCCGCCCAGCACCAAGUCAACCAGGCGGCAGCUGCUGCAGCCAUGGGGCUCCCUCCCUUGCCUCCGUUACCAAAGAGACCGGCACUUGAAAAAGCCAACGGUGCCACCACCAUGUUCAAUCCUGGCGUAUUCCAGUACCAACAGGCCCUGGCCAACAUGCAGUUUCAGCAGCAGGCUGCCUUCAUACCGUCAGGUUCGAUAUUGUGCAUGACACCUGCAACAAGUGUUGUACCCAUGAUGCACGGUGCUAAUCCAGUCACUGUGUCUGCAGCCACAACAUCUGCCACAAGUGUUCCCUUUGCAACGGCAACAGCUAAUCAGAUUCCAAUAAUAUCUGCUGACCAUCUGAAUAGUCACAAAUAUGUGACCCAGAUGUAGGAGUCUCGAUCAGACCGAUGCAACUGGAGCGCACUGAUGUUGAGUCCAAGAUCAACCGUCAGUCUCUAACAUCAAGAACAAAACUGCUGAGCAAAUCUAAAUUGUUCUGGGAUAAAUCUGCAUGUCGAUAUAGGAGGCCCAGUUUGUGAGGAUUGUUUUGUUUUAUUACACAAGAACAGAAAAGAUCUUCAUCUUCAUUAAAGACUGCCUUUCGCUCUGUAGAGGCACCUAACCUUUAUUCACCGGACACACUUUGAAUGUUAAACACGGAGCAAAAGAGUGGAGAAGUGGUCAAAAACACCGACUGGAUGGGUACGUCCAUUGACCAAGUAUCAUGACUUGUGUUUUUUUGUCUGUUUAUGGGUUGGUGGUCUUUGAGCUAAAUGUGUUCAUUUGUUUACACAAAAGUGCACCUUGUAUUUAAAUUGAGGUAAAAGAAACAAAUGAUCCGAUUGAAUCACACAUGCAUGCACAACUACUUUGUUUGAGAUCUAAUUCAGUAAAUCCAGGGAUGAGGGAAAUCACAUGAGUGCACUCGGAGGCAACGUAGCAACUGAAUGUCUGUAAGGAGUCUAUCAAUCCCUUCUAGCCUACCUUUCAAUAUCUUAAGCACAUGUCUUAAACCUUGCAAGCAUCCCUGUAAAGUGCCAUACAUCUCAAAAACACGUGAAUGGUAUUAAAACAGAUUUAAGAAGUGUAAAACCCAAAAAUUCCCUUUAACACGUCUGUUUUUGUCUUUUGCACAGCAUGCAGUGUACAUUAUUGUGACCUGUCAUUACCUGUGAUUCCCGGCAGCACCGCUGCUGACGAGACAACCUGACUUGUCUACUUUACUCAAAUCUUCUACUGAAUGAUUAUUUUCUUCUUUUUUCUUUUUGUGUCUCAGACUUUGUUGUUGAUGUGAGUUGUUUGGAGAAAUGACUGUCUCUCUCUGUGGGGUCUUGGCUUGUGCGGCAGACCAAAAGCUCACAUUAAUGAAGACUUGCUCUGAAACAACUCGGCCAUCGGUUGGUCCCCCAAACUGCUGUGAGACCGAAGUCAAAAUCUACAGUGCAACUAGUGAUGGAUUCGUAUGUCCUGACUUGUUUGUCAUUUGUAUGGUUAUGCAUAUUUUAAGGCAGAUAGCAGAUAAAGUAGAUUUAGUUUAGUGUAUAUACCGUCUGACAUGUUUAAAGAUACUUGUGAAGUACAUCUACCUGAGAGCAGUUCUCACAUAGUCAGCCAAAGUCUUUUUGUGUCACUAUUGUAGGUAGAUUUAAAAAAGGUUUGGGCCCGAGGUAGGAUCAGGUGUAUAGAGUAGAUCUCUAGAAGUCUUUGUUUUUAAUGUGCUCUGGGUGUUCUUCAGGCAUAUUUCAUCGGUGGAUAGAACAGGGAAUGUGGCAAGAUUAUUUAAACGAUUGUAUUACUCAUCCAAAGCCUUAGAAUGUACCAUCGGGUCAGCACAAUGCAACAUGCCAUUAUGAACCAUCCAGUUGCCUAAUCCACGCCAUAUUAACUUACACGCACACACACACACACACACACACACACACAGAGCACUAUGUUAUUGUCACUUUCUUGUUUUGUUAUUCCUUUAGAUGAGGAGUGUUUUACUUUAUUGUUGUUGUGUGAGAAUAUUUGAUGUUUAAUUCAUAUUUCCAGUUGUACUCGUUAUAUUUAUCGUUUCUAUAACGAAGAUGAGGUUUUAAAAUUAAGUGUGUGUUUGUGUGUUCCUCAUGCACAGUUUCCUGAAAUUCCAUUCAAUGUUAAUUUUACUAUGAUUAUCAUUGUGAACUGAAUAUUUUCUAUGUUAUGCAUAUUGUUGAACCGUAUGUAUAUUGUUAAUUUCUUCAGUCUAUUUGUGUUCUUUGAACAAAAAUGUUUUAUAUGAGUAUCUAACAGUGACAAAAUAAUAGAACAGAGAGGCUAAGUUGUCACUGUGGCAACCAUCGCCGAUAACCGAGUGAUAUUUUAACGAUUGUAAGGUUUGUAACUAGUCGUAUAUGAAAAAAAGACUAUUGUAAAAAUAUAAUUCUUAGAUGUUUAGAGUAAAGAUGUUAUUUUCUACUGUAUCCAUUUCAAUUAGUAAAUAUUGUUUUAAUAUUUCUACUCCCUGGAAAUUGGGCCAUGUUGGAAAACAAGCUGCAUAUUUGAUGACUUUUUGGGUGCGUCGCUGGCGGGAUCAGGUAAAAGGCGUGAGUAGGGAGUCUGCACACCGAUCUCUUACUCAUCCAACUGCAAACAUCAAGGGAGGGGAUGGGCAAUCUUGAGGCGACAAAGGAUUAUAAAGGAUGAUUUUUUGCACUUCUGUACAUAGUCAAAAAAGAGAGAUUCAUGUAUAUUGAGAUCUUAUUUUGAAUAAAAAAGUAUGUCUAUAACGACAGUGAAUUUUGCUAGGAUAACAACAAAAAAAAUCGUACAAAAGGCCGAACAAAAUUGCUUGCAUCAAAAGGUUUCUCACGCUCCGAACCGUUUGAGAAAAGGCCAAGUGUUGCUCUUCUUUUUUGUCAGCAGCUUGUAGUUCGCCAGGUAACCUUCCCGGGGGAGGCAUCCACUAGCCUCCAGUGAAAGGGCCUGAGUGGGUUUGUAUGGUCCCCUAACCCGCCUGUACUGAAAGGUGUGUGUGUCAUGGCCACGCCCUACUAGGCCCAACCAAUCACAACACGUCCUGUCUCCUCCUCAGAGAGGAAUGCAUGUUAAAGGAAAUACAUUUACCGUUUAAAAAGAAUCACUGCAGUAAUAUUGAAUAAGAAUAUGUUACACAGAAAUAUGUAUUUACAGUAUUCAAUAUUAUAUCAUUGUAAUUGAAUAAAAAAAUAUAUAUAUAAAGAAUACACAAAUAGAAUAGUGGUUUAUUUAAAAAUAUUAGAAAAAAGAUACCUGAGAACAUACUCACCAAAGUGCACCACUUGGAGAGUAACACAACACAAACACCAUAGCUAAUAGUAUGUUCCUUAUGUUUAUGUAAGCUGUGCUUCUAGUAGAUGAAACUGACCAAACAGGAAGCAGGUAUGGAUCAACAUCAGGUGGAGUUGGGAAUCAUUGCAGAUUGACAGACUGUUUGGUCAUCAAGUCGUCCGUUUCAGAUAGUGUCCUGAUCAUCUUUGUCAUCUCUCAUCUCCUACAAGCACGCAUGCUUACAUUUAUGAUAUAAUGUAAACAAAACGUUUCUUUUUAUUUCAUGUUGGUUUUUUCUGCUCGUUAGUGCUAAUAUAAUGUAUCCUGUCCUCUGCAGCUAUUUGUUUUGCUUAUAUUUUUUUGCUCAAACGCUCCUUGAAAAGAUGUGUCCACCUCCUCUGAAAAGCACCUGUAGAGACAACCUCUGAUUGUCAGUCUAAAGCCAUAAAAUAUAAUGACAUCAGAGCAAAAUGUGUGUGAGAAAAUCAGAAAUGAUAAUGAAACCGUCUGAAGCUGAGGGAAUGUUGGGGUUAAAUGAACUACAACAUCCUAUAAUAAUCAAAGUGGUGACUGCAGGUAUUAUAACCUAUAGUGUGCUGUACUAAGUUUGAUGGAUGUCUGUGGUUCAUUGAGAAAACAUACUUGACACAUUUUUUCACGGGGCCUGGAUUGCUAUAUUUAAUUAUUGCUGUUAUGAAUUUUAAAAAGUAAUAAAAAUUUACCAAUGAA